GGCGGACUUAACAAACGGUCGCUCUCCGCCUCCGGCCCUCCGCUCUUUAUAAGCCCCUCUCCCUCGCCUUCACUCGCCACCACCAGCCUCCUCCUACCUCACCUACUCCUCCCAUCUGCUGCUCCACGCGCGCGGGAGCGCCAUCUCUGAGCCGAGCAGAGGAUUCUUCUCUUCUCUCUGCUUUGGAAGGAUGCAGUCCAAGCACAGGAUCUUCGCGGAGGACCUGCUCCUCGCGGCGGAGGGGGAGGACCACUUCGACCCGGUCCCCGACUCGCUGGUGCUCCUCAUCUUCAACAAGGUCGCCGACGCGCGCUCUCUGGGGCGGUGUUCAGCGGUGUCGCGCCGCUUCAACGCGCUCGUCCCGCUCGUCGACGACGCCUGCCUCCGCAUCGACCGCGUCAUCACCGACGCCGACGACGCGCUCGGCCUCGCCGGGCCGCGCCCGCGCGGCGUGCUCUCGCACCUCUUCAAGGCCAUGUUUCUCGCCGUGCUCAAGCCUUUUGCCCACUGCGACGCCAAGUCCUCCGGGAGCCACGCCAAGCACGCGGCGCAGCAGCACCACUCGCCCGCGCAGGUGCUCAAGAACUUCAGCAGCAUCCGCAACCUCCGCAUGGAGCUCCCCGUCUCCGAUGUCGGCACCGACGACGGCGUCCUCCUCAAGUGGAAGGCCGUCUUCGGCAGCACCCUCCAGAGUUGCGUCAUACUCGGCGGCACCAGGGUGGACCGGGCCGGCCCCCACGCGCACGCGCACGCGCCUUCCGCGGCCGCCGCCGACCCUGAGUCGGCAGACGACAGCGGAAGCAUACCGGAGUCGUUCUAUACCAACGGCGGCCUCAAGCUGCGCGUGGUGUGGACCAUCAGCUCCCUCAUAGCGGCGGCCACAAGGCACUACCUCCUCCGCGAGAUCGUCAAGGAGCAUCCCACCCUGGAGCGCGUCGCGCUCACGGACGCACACGGGCAGGGCACGCUCAGCAUGGGGCGCGACCAGCUCAAGGAGUUCAGGGACAAGCCGCUCGCCGCGGCCGCCGCCGCCAACCGCUCGCAGGUGCCCGCCUGCAACAUGAAGCUCCGGUACGCGCCGCUGCUGGAGCUCUCAGACGGCACCAGGAUCCACGGCGCCACGCUCGUGGUGAUCAAGCCCGUUGGCGAGGCCGGCGGCAUCGGCGGCGGCAGGAAGGACCUCGACGAGUUCGUCGCCGGCGCGUUCGACGGGCCGUUCAGGGAGGCCGUGGGCGCGCUUAGCAAGCGCCGCACCUACCUGCUCGAGAUGAACGGCUUCUAGUCUAGUGAGCGUGUGCAACAGCAAGACCACCACAGCACACCAAUGGCAGCAGGCAAUGGCCAUUAGAUUGCUCUGCUCGCUUCAGCUAAGCUCAGCUUAGAUCAGUGGCAUACUGAGGUGCUCCUCCUUGUAACAAUCAAUACUCAUGCCGCCUCAAUUUCUCGUUACUGCCUUGGUAUCCUUGCUACAAUAAUCGAAUGAAAUGGCCAGUUCCAGCAGCCAGCUUCAUUCCAUUUUGGUGCUACGAUGAAUGGAUGAAUCAACGAAUGGAAUGAAGCAAUCACAUUUUCAAUCAA